UCCAAAUGCAGCCAUUAACGGAUGGCCGAUGGGCCACCGCCAGGAUAGAGGUACUGGAGGCGGCCGCGGUGGGCCUCGCCGCAAAGCAACUACCGAGUUGGACCAGCAACUCCGACCUCGUAGUGCUGAUCGACAACACGCCAGUACUCUACAACUUCAUCAAAUGUAGUGGCAAAUCCGCGGUGGUGGCAAACACCGCAGUAGACGUAG